AUGGAAUUGUUACUUUUAUAUGUUAUAAUUUUACUUUUGAACAUGUGUGAUUUUUCUUCAGGAGUAAUAUAUAAUAAAGGUGAUAAAGAGGGAUACUUUGCUUGCGGUAGCCAAGGGUUCUCCAAAAAUAAUGAAAUAAUCAAGUUGUAUCUCUCCUCAGAUGACUUGAAAAUCCAGUGUCUUUUCCAGUCGGAAAGUAUGCUUUCUUCAGAGGAGUUUCGAAGCGUGUUCACAUCAGGAGGCCUUGCUCCCACCUUGGCAAUCAUAAAUAGCACAUAUACUGGCAUCUUCUACUUUAAUCUAACUUUGUACAGAGAUCAAGUUUACUGGUUGAUUACUAUUCCCAGAGAAAACAUCACAAAAAAUACAGAUAUUGCAGCUAUAGAACAAUGGCUAGUAAGAAUUAAUUUACAACAUGGAUUAAGUAUUUAUACUACUGAAGGAACACUAUUGGAUAGUGUCCGAGAACCUAUUCUUCAGUGGACCCUCGGGACGAAGGUAACGAGAGACGGCCUCCAAGAGUUACUCCCACAUGUGGUGGGCCUGAAAGUGACAAAAUGCCCUUGCGCCAACGAUGUAGCGUUGCUUGGCUUCCUUGUGAAUUUGACAGGCAACGGUGUUUACAUAGGCGUCAGCUUUUCCGGAUUUUGGAACUAUGAUGAUACCAUGUGGUAUAACCUGACCGAUAUGAUCUAUUCCCAAGUUGGAGAAGAACACACAGAGCUCUCAUUGAUGGAUAUGGUUUUAACAAAUCAUUUCUUAGUUAUGCUCACAUCUUUGGGACUUUUUAUAAGUCAAGAUCUUCGUUAUCGAUCAAGCCCUCUCCUAACGUUUUCAAGGGCAGACUUUUGUGGUUUCGAAAGGGUGGACUAUGUCAAAGGAAAAUUGUGGUAUAAUGAAAGGUGUUUUGCUAACAGAGAACAAUUUGAAGCUGACUACGUUACUAUCACCUUUGAGAGAAACAGGACCUUAAGUGAGGCGAGCUCUUGUUUUUAUAGUCGAGAGCCGUUUUUGGAAUGGUUACCUUGCUUCCCUCACCUUUCAAAAAAUGUGAAAACUAUUCCUUCAACUGUAAUUACAUUUCUUGUUGACCAAGAGCAUCUUUCUGGAGUCUACCUCUUACAUAACGAGAAAGAGACUGCUGUCUCCGUACACAACCUAAAAAAUAACAAACCAAGUUUGAAACAAAAAUUUCCACUUUUCAAGUUUCCUUCAACAUUCUCUUCUCCUGUUGGAAUGGUAUUCCACCCACGAAGCCACUUCCUCUAUGUCUACGGGGAUCAGGUAUGGCUGUCCAUCGAUGGCGGCAACACGUUUGACUUAUUGGCUGACCUUCAUGAAGAUGUCAUAAAGAGCACUUACCAUAGCUUCUAUACUUCUGAUAUUACUUUUGUCUGCCAAAGUGGAAAUGUUUACUUGACGAAGGCAGGAUUAGAAACAUACAGUAGAAUUGGAUCUAUUACUGAUAACAUUUUCACAUUGUACUAUGACCACAUGGGAUUCAUACAUAAACUGACUCCAGAUCAUUUCAAAGCCAGUGAGCUACAUGGAGCCUUUGUAAAUUCUAAAGGUAUCUUUGGGCAGGCUCCUGAUAUGGGCUUUGAGACUGCACUUGCCCCACAGUAUAUCUCCCUGGACGAAAUGAUCUUCUAUGCCUACGUGCCCGACAGUGAACCUGCAGAAAGUAUACAUACCAAGAAAUUCAACAACAUUCACUCUGGAAAAGUGAUACACUUCAGGAAAAGUGGAAAGGCCUACAUAAGAAAGAUACUGCAACAUAGCACUUCUGAAGGAUUUUUGUCUGCUGUUUUUGCCGAAAUAAUAGAACCUUUUGAAAUAGAAGAUGUGCGUGAGAGCCCUUGUUUGUCUAGUUCCCUUUCCAUUAAGCAAGACGGAGCCUUCUUUAAACUUACUCUUCAAACACAAAGUGCUGUGUCGUCAUUCCAAGAUUCAGACAUAGAGAAGACCGUGGUGAUCCCUGGUUACAGCAGCUUCCUGAUCGUAAGCAUCGUGGACGAUAAGAAUGCUUUAGCUAAGGCUACCAUGCCUAGAAGAGUACCCACCGGUAUGACUUUUGUAAAAGACUCCUGGUUCCUGUACGACUUUGGGCAAAGGAAUGGACGGAUAUGGGAAAUAUAUGCAAAACCAUGUAAUUAUUGGUUUGAGCAGUAUGAUAAUUCACUAUCCCUCAACGUCCUGAAAUAUGUUGAUCUGGGGAAAUCUCAGGCUUUAAAAGUGAAGGUCAAACCUCAUAUAAAAGGUGUUCAAAAACCUGCAAUACCACUACUGAAAAUAAUUGUUGGAAACCCAACUGUGUUGGACGUUAAAGCUGAAGGCUCUUUUGAUGAAGCUGAUAGUUACAUAAUGGAAAUUACUGUAGCUAGCAAUGCUUUACUGCAAGGAACGACUUCACUGGCAUUUGUCGCCUGGAAAGCAUCAACGGACUGCUUUGUGACAACAUUCGUGCCAACAUUGAAAAGCAGCUGCAGUUACCUCAAAUCCAUGCAUCACAUUCCCAGCAAAGUUAUCCCGUUGGAAGACUGGAUCAGUGGAGUUCACAAAGACAGCCAGGGUUUUAAUAUGAUCAAAACUUUGCCGAUAAACUACAGGCCUCCAUCUAAUAUGGGGAUUGCCAUUCCACUUACAGAUCAUUUUUAUCAUGCAGAUCCUAGCAAGCCCAUACCAAGAAAUCUAUUUCACAAGUCAAAGAAAUCUGGAAAAUUCAAACAGUGCGCUAAUGUGUCUACUCGGGAGGAGUGCAAUUGCACACAUGACCAGAAGUUUUCACAUGCUGUUGCUUUCUCAGAUUGCAGAGAAAAGGUUCCUCGUUUCAAGUUUCCAGUUACACAGUAUCCAAUUUCUUUGGAAAUUCACAGUGAGGAUGGACAUGUGCCAGUGGAAACUCCCUAUCUGGUGACCGUGACGGAAGUGAAUAAGAGGGAGAACUGGGAACUCAAACACACCGUACCAGAAAAAGUAAAAAAACUGAAAAAGUACUUAGAAUCUAUCCUUCAGGUUCCAGUGUAUAAUCCUUCAGGCCUCAACUUAAGCAUAAAGGGCUCUGAGCUCUUUCAUUUCAGAGUGUCCGUCGUUCCGGGGGUCACUUUUUGUAACUUAGUUGAAGAAUUUCAGAUUUACGUCGAUGAAGUACCGCUGCCAUUUCCAGGACACACACUUAUUGCCAUCGCAACCGCCGUGGUGCUGGGGGGGUUAAUUUUUAUAGCAUUUAUUUUUCAAAUACGUAAUAUCCACCCAUUGGAUAAUUGCCAAAAAUUCAUCAGAAGAAACAAAAACUUAUCAAAUACCAGUGCCAGCGAGCUGGCUUUUAGGUGA